AAGUUCAUUCAGUCGGGCAAACCAAAUUAUCGAAGUUUUUAUUUUAUUUAUAUUAUAUUUAAUUAUCCUUUUUCAAAAAUGGGUAAAUGUAAUAAGGCGUUAAUUGUAAAACUUUUGUGCGAGUUUCUUGCCAGCUUCUUUGUACAAUUUAUUGGCUGCGCUCUUACCGAGGAAUCCUUCUUAGGUAUCUCAUUGCCUACAACGGGCUCAUUUGCCUAUGCAAUGAGUUGGGGCGGAAGUGUUCUUGCGGCGACGCAAGCAUUCCGGAUAGUGUCUGGUGCACACAUAAAUCCGUGUAUUUCCAUUGCAUCCAUGAUACUCGAGAACGUAAACAUUCUCGAUGGCAUGCUUUAUAUACUCAUGCAGCUUUUAGGAUCGGCCUUGGGCUUCGGUCUCUCAUUUGGCAUAUUCUAUGAUUCGAAAUUCAAAAACAAGAAAUUUUGCUGUACGGCGAUAACGCUGGAUCCUUGGUGGAAAGCGAUACUGUUGGAAUUUUAUAUGACCGGAGCCUGGGUAUUUGCCAUGUGCGCUUCAUGGCAUGAAAGCAACGAGAUGAUGUUGGAGUCAAUUUCGCUGCGGAUUGGAUUGGUCGUCGUUGCUGCCACCUAUGUUGGAGCCAAUUUCACGCGAUCCUGCAUGAGUCCAUUUAGAUCCCUCUGGCCAGCAAUAGCCGCCGGUGUCUACACGCACAUCUACGUUUAUGUGGCUGUGCCCCCACUCACGGCGAUUCUGCUGGCGGUAGCCUGGCGAUUUCUCUAUCUGCAGGGCAAAUCGGAGACUGUCAAGCCUGAAGAAGGUGGUGAAUAAGGGGAACGGAUUUCUCUCCACAAUGUGGAAAAGGAACACAAGAGUAACCAAAAGCCAAAUGAAAAUUAUUUCAGAACUCUUCCAAACUGAAGAGCAAUAUAUCAAUGUGUAUGUGUCUAUCCCAUUGUCAGCAACAUGACACCAAAUGACAAUAAAAUAAUACAUUUUUUCGAA